AUGGUCCCAGAGCCGGGCCCUGUCAACAAUAGCACCCCAGCCUGGGGACCUGGGCCACCUCCUGCCCCAGGGGGAAGCGGCUGGGUGGCUGCAGCGCUGUGCGUGGUCAUCGUGCUGACAGCGGCCGCCAAUUCGUUGCUGAUCAUACUCAUCUGCACGCAGCCCGCGCUGCGCAACACGUCUAACUUCUUUCUGGUGUCGCUCUUCGCGUCGGACCUGAUGGUGGGGUUGGUGGUGAUGCCCCCGGCCAUGCUGAAUGCACUGUAUGGGCGCUGGGUGCUGGCGCGCGGCCUCUGCCUACUUUGGACCGCCUUCGACGUGAUGUGCUGCAGCGCCUCCAUCCUCAACCUCUGCCUCAUCAGCCUGGACCGCUACCUGCUCAUCCUCUCCCCGCUGCGCUACAAGCUGCGCAUGACAACCCCGCGUGCCGUGGCGCUCAUCCUGGGUGCCUGGAGCCUUGCGGCGCUCGCCUCCUUCCUGCCCUUGUUGCUGGGCUGGCACAAACUUGGCAACGCUCGGGCACCUGCCCCCGGCCAGUGCCGCUUAUUGGCCAGUCUGCCUUUUGUCCUCGUGGCGUCCGGAGUCACCUUUUUCCUGCCCUCAGGUGCCAUCUGCUUCACCUACUGCAGGAUCUUGCUGGCUGCCCGCAAGCAAGCGGUGCAAGUGGCAUCGCUCACCACGAGCAUGACUGGCCAGGCCCUGGAGACCUUGCAGGUGCCCAGAACCCCACGUCCAGGGAUGGAGUCCGCGGACAGCAGGCGUUUGGCCACCAAGCAUAGCAGGAAGGCCUUGAAGGCCAGCUUGACCCUGGGCAUCCUGCUGGGCAUGUUCUUUGUCACCUGGCUGCCCUUCUUUGUGGCCAACAUAGCUCAGGCCGUGUGUGACUGCAUCUCCCCAGGCCUCUUUGAUGUCCUCACCUGGCUUGGGUAUUGUAAUAGCACCAUGAACCCCAUCAUCUACCCACUCUUCAUGCGGGACUUCAAGAGGGCCCUGGGCAAGUUCCUGCCGUGCAUCCACUGUCCCCCGGAGCACCGGGCCAGCCCUGCCUCCCCCUCCGUGUGGACUUCCCACAGCGGUGCACGACCAGGCCUCAGCCUGCAGCAGGUGCUGCCUCUGCCUCUGCCACCGAAUUCAGAUUCAGACUCAGCAUCAGGGGGCACCUCGGGCCUGCAGCUCACAGCGGCUCAGCUUCUGCUGCCUGGAGAGGCAACCCGGGAACCCCCGCCACCCACCAGGGCCACCGCUGUGGUCAACUUCUUCGUCGCGGACUCUGUGGAGCCCGAGAUACGACAGCGUCCAUUGAGUUCCCCCACGAACUGA